GCUGUAGGUAAGACAGAACACGGUCCAGAGACUAUGGAAGGAAGACCUAAUUGGAUGGUAUUGAUGGGGAAAAAUGAAAAGGAAACAGCACAAAAUGUUGCAAAAGAGAUUGAAAAACUUAGAAAAGGAAAGAAGCCAAAUGAUAUUUCCAARAAUUUACAUAACGACUUAUCUCCUCCAACUCAGCUAAUAACUGACGUACAAAAUAAAUUAAAAAGCUUCACUGGGCCAUUAGCAACGCAUGUUCAAACUAAGGUCGGCGAACUUAAGACAAAAUGGACAUCUAUGACAAAUGACGACAGGAAGGGUGUUAAGGAAACUCUGGGCGUUGUAGCCAGCAAUAUUGAGAAAUUUGGAGAUGCUGGAAGUAAUCCAGUAGGCGCUGUUCAAGGAGCCAUAAACAUCGUCGGAGCAAUAUCUAACUUCUUUGGUCCUGCUGGUCAGCUGGUGAGCAUUGGUUUGAGCUUUAUUUCUGGUCUGUUGGGAUUGUUUGGUCAAGGUCCAAAGCCGAAGCCAAUGGGGGAGAUCAUAAGAGAACAAAUUGAUGAGGCAUUGGCGAAAUAUCGCGAGGAGACCCUGACUGACAAGGCAAGCGCGCUAAUCAGUGCUUUUGAAGGAGUGAAGUCGUAUAUGGACGGAGCGGCAGGAAAGACUCUCSCGGARCSUGAACUUACUAUACUAAAUAUCAAUGUUCCCACAUAUUUUGGUGAUACCUUCAUUGGMGAACUAAAAACAGUCAUCAGGAGGAUGCUUGCAGAAUCAAAAGCUGGAGAUGCUCAGAAAUGCAUCAAAUUUUGUGAACUUUUUGCUCAGUUAGCUGGGCUCAAGGACAUGAUCCUAACUCAACUGAUGUCAAUGCACGGUGAUAAGCUACCCAAUGUUGUCUCAAUGACGAUGUCCAAGCUAAUACAUUUCCGCGCCGAUGCAAGAAGUGUACUUGAGCCACUUUUUACGACAAAUUUUGGACAAAAGAUCUUGCCGUACUUUGAUCCAGACAUCAGUUUUGUCACUGACUCGUACGCUACUUCGGUGCUGGGCCUUGGARACUAUGAUCGCUCAAGAGCAGGGAUGUACUGUCUAAUAUCUGKCGGCAAGAAUCUUGUUUGGUCCACAGAAAAAAGUUACUUUCACGUGAACAAAAAGCCAUAUGCUACCACUGCUGAACCGAACGACGACAAUUGCUACUGGAAGCUUGUGCCUCACGGAAACAAUCUCUACAGUAUUGUCAACAAAAAGGGAUGCGAUUCAAAACCCCCAGGUCAUUGGUGUGGAUCGUUAUUAUCCUUUGACAUCGUUGAUAAUGAAGGAAUCGUUGACAUAGAACGUACUGAUGGGAUUAUGUGGGAAAUUUAUGGUGACCAGUGGAGCAUGAUUCGCAGCAAGUGGGGCUGUGGUGGCAGUAGUCCUAAUCCAUACUGCGAUCGAGAGCUAAGGGUUGCAAUGCGUGAAUAUGAUUUUCCCGUGGGGCCUGGACGGCCACCAAGGAUGGACAGUAUCCAGGGUGGCAAAGUGUUACCAAGUGACGGAAAAUACUACUGGAACUUAAAAAAGGUCUAGAGUUCAUGUAUGGUUUCUAGAAGCAGUAGUGCAUGCAUGCAGUUUAAAAUAUAGAUGAUGUAUAUCCCAAUAAAGUUCAUCGGAGCGUGUGGACCUGGUGCACGUUUUUGUUUUGCUCACUCUCAUGAGAAUGGUUGAAAACCAUCAAUAUCGUGCAUUCCUUUUAAAUUAGCUGUAUACGAAUAAAGCGAACAACGAUAAUUGUCAAAACUAGAGAUAUCAAGAAUAAAAUACCGAUAGCAUGUA